AUGCUAAUAUCGUUGUGCUACAUCUACCUCUGGGUGCGCUUUCAAAAGUGCUACACAGUGGUUAUCCGGAGCACCCUGCACAGACUGUGCGGGGAGAACAAAACCAGUGUCAGUAGCUUCAUAUUCUGUGCCUUGAAUCCACAGGGGAAGCCUCUUCAGAAAGGACAACCAACCUGGCAGACAAGUGUCAAUAAGCAGCUCAGUCCACCUCUGCCUGAGGAGGACGUUUUUCUCAAGUUGGGCGAGAAAGCUAUUUACAUAACUGAAUCACAGGUGAAAAGUUUGUUUGAUAGUUAGCUAGUUCCGUUAGAUAGCUUAGCUAGCGUCCGGGGCCUUGACAUGUAAAAAAUAUUAGCUACUCAGCUACAGUAGCAAUGAAUGGGCAAAGCCCAGAUUGCCAACUUAUUGUUCCAUUCAGUGGACGAUCAUGUGAAAUAGGCCUACUCCAUUAGUUAUCAGUUUAUGCAUGCUUGACGAUAAAUGAGGUAACAAGUCAAAAUAAAUCCUUUUGAUGCACAUUAACUUACAUUAUAUGUCAGUCAUUUACAUAGUUUCAUAGAUGUCAUAGUCUUACUAGCUUUCUAAAAUAUGCUUUAAUAUCUAGCCAUACCAUCAGUGUCCAUACUCUUGAUCAGUGUCUAUGUUGUCUGUAUUAUUGUUCCUAGGCAUGUGAUGACAUCAGCAAGUGGACACUGUUGUGGGGGUCUUCUCUGAGUUGUGGCCCACGGGUAGAGAACAUUUCUUUCAUCAUAGAGGCUACGUCAGGACAAAGAGUGGGCAGCCAGGCUCGUCAUCAUACUACAAAAAAGAAAAAAGUAUGGAUCACAAGUAUAUUUAUCAAGAAGAGAAGAAACUGGCAGGUUUUAUAUACAGUAUAUAAACUGUCAAACAUAUAUGCGAACAAACAUAUCUGUUUAGUAAAGAAGAGUACUCUAUGAUUGCCCACUAGGCAGAAACUGGUUGAAUCAAUGCGGUUUCCAUUUAAUUUCAACCCACAAAAUCUAUGUGAUGACGUUGAAUCAACGUGGAAAACUGAUUGGAUUUGCAAAAAGUCGUCAACCUCAGAGCAUUUUGUUAUUUUGUCAGCCAACUUUUAACCUAAAUCCAAUGACAUGGUGACAUUUUUUGUUGAUUCCACGUUGAAUUUACAUUAGUUGAAAACUCAACCAAAUGUAACUCAAAACUACAUGUUUAACUUUCCUCUGUGCACAGUGAGUAAGAAAAAACAUAAAUACACUGGUUCUAUAUUGCAGUGAAUAGGUCCCAAAUGUGUGGCACAGUUAGGCUAUAUCACCCCUAGACACUGAAGUCCACAAUACAGCCAUUAACUGUAUUGAAGGUGUAUGUGUGCGUGACUGAGAGGACGCAUGCCUGUGCCUUUGAGAGUUUGGGAGCGGGCCUCUCUUUUGCUGAGUGGACAGAGGUUUGGAACCUGAGAUGAGCCACUUUGUCUCUCCUUCCGAGUGUUUCCCUCCACUCGAUUGUUCCUCAUGUCUGGGUGGGACUGCACCGGACAGUGAAACCCCACUCUGUGUUCAAUGGGGCUGUUCUACCUUAAAAAUUCACCAAGAAAGAGAAAGCCUCUGGCCUCUUGGAAGUCAUACUUUUAAAAGGAAGUCUUGAAUAUGGGUCGUUUCACUUUAAAAAGCACAAGAAAGAGGAUUUCUACACCUACCAUCUCAGAUUGUUCUGAAAUUGUUUCUGUAGUUAGAAACAGAUAAGAUAAGCAUUUCUGCAACAUUAUUUUGUUGAAAUAUAAUGUGAACUCUGAGAAAUUAAGCUACACUGAACAAAGAUAUAACACAACAUGCAACAAUUUCAAAGAUUUUACUGAGUUACAGUUCAUAUAAGGAAAUCAGUCAAUUGAAAUAAAUAAAUUAGGCCCUAAUCUUUGGAUUUCACAUGACUGGGAAUACAGAUACCUUCUAAAAAAGGUAGGGGUGUGGAUCAGAACCAGUCAGUAUCUGGUGUGACCACCCUUUGCCUCAUGUACCGCGAUACAUCUCCUUUGUAUAGAGUUGAUCAGGCUGUUGAUUUUGGCCUGUGGAAUGUUGUCCCAGUCCUCUUCAAUGGCUGUGCAAAGUUGCUGGAUAUUGGCUGGAGCUGGAACACGCUGUCGUACACGUCGAUCCAGAGCAUCCCAAACAUGCUCAAUGGGUGACAUGUCUGGUGAGUAUGCAGGCAUCUAAAAUGGCGUUGGAGGCGGCUUAUGGUAGAGAAAUUAACAUUAAACUAUCUGGGAACAGCUCUGGUGGACAUUCCUGCAGUAGGCAUGCCAAUUGCACGCUCCCUCAAAACUUGAGACAUCUGUGGCGUUGUGUGACAAAACUACACAUUUUAGAGUGGCCUUUUAUUGUCCCCAGCACAAGGUGUACCUGUGUAAUGAUCAUGCUGUUUAAUUAGCUUCUUGAUAUGCCACACCUGUCAGGUGGAAGGAUUAUCUUGGCAAAUGAGAAAUGCUCACUAACAGGGAUGUAAACACAUUUGUGCACAAAAUCUGUGAGAUAUUAGAUUUAGAAAAUUGCUGGGAUCUUUUAUUUCAGCUCAUGAAACAUGGGACCAACACUUUACAUGUUGCGUUCAUAUUUUUGUUCAAUAUAAUUGAUUGCACCAAAAUUGUCCAUUUCAAUUUAUAGGAUUCAUACAAUAAAACAUUUAAAAACCUCUUAACAAUGUUUAAGAUGCGAGGAAUCCAAAUAAAUGGUAAAACGCCACCCACGCUGUCAUACUGUGUUCAACCGUGUUCGAUCUUGCAUAGACAUCUUGUUUCAAAAGGACCACAAUGGAAAUAAUCCUUUAUUGUGUGUUAUCCUCGAUGAUUUUACUCAUGUGCAUGUAUGGUUUUUUCAAGUUUUAUGUGUGCUUGUUUUUUAGAAUGGUCGAAUUAAUAAACUAAACUAAACCCAAACCCCACACCAAGCCCACCCCAAUGGCAAGGUGUGCCAAGCUUGUAGGGUCAUACCCAAGAAGACUCAAUGCUGUAAUCGCUGCUGAAGGUGCUUCAACAAAGUAAAGGGUAUGAAUACUUAUGUAAAUGUGAUUUUUCAGAUAUUCCUGUUUUUGCUUUGUCGUUAUGGGGUAUUGUGUGUAGAUUCAUGAGGGAAAAAAACAAUUUAAUCCAUUUUAGAAUAAGGCUGUAAUGUAACAAAUUGUGGAAAAAGUAAAGGGGUCUGAAUACUUUCAGAAUGCACUGUAUACAUAUGUUUUCUAAUAAUGCAAUGGUUUGUAAUUGUAUUAUUUUAUUAGAGUUGUCACAACAGUCACUAGCCCAUUUCUCCAUAAAAUGUUUGGACUGAUAGGGAAAGUCUUCAUAUGAGGAUUGCACCAUAGGGAUAGCCUUCUAAGAUGAGCUGCCAUUUAUUGGACUAGUCAAGGAGAGUUGGGUUGAAGCAUUAGGUUGCUAAGAGUAGGACAAACUGAAUUGCUUUCAUGGAGGACUGGCUUGACUUGUGAGGAUGACCACACAAUUUAUUUUCAUCAUGAGCAAAAGCUGUUGGUUUUGUACCCAAAGUUGCAAAGAAAAUGUUGUGAUCCAUUUGAUAAACACAGGAGUCCAGCAACAUGGAUAAAAGGGUGUGGCAAUAGCAGAAAAAGCGGCAUCUAGUAGGCGCAACCUGGUGCUUUCACACUCAUUUAUGGGGGAAAAUGCAAGCUACUUCAAUGGCUAAUUUCUCUGAACGGGGAGAACCAUCACCAAAUUAAUUGAGAAUACAUUACAUAGUAUGAUUAAACAAUACUCCAAGGCGCAACUUCAAACUACUUGUCAAACAUAGAGAUCUUAUACUGUUUACUGGCCAUUGGGGUGGGCUUGGUGCGGGGUUUGGGGGGGGUCCUUGGGUGGCCUUUGUCUUAAACAUUUUUGAGAAGAUGUGAAGAUGUUUGGUCCAAAUCGGAUGUUGGGUACUAUAUUUAUAGAAAACUAUAUGAAUCCUAUAACUUCAAAUGGACAAUUUAGGUGCAAUCAAUUAGCUUAAUUUAUAUAUAUCUUUUAACAAAAUAAUGUUUCAGGCAUACUAAUAUUAUCUGUUUCUAACUACAGAAACCAUUUCAGAACAAUCUGAGAUGGUGGGUGUCUUUCUUGGGCUUUUUGAAGUGGAAGGACUGUAAGUCAUUUUUUUAAAGCCUUUUUUUUGUCCUAAAUGCAGUUACAGUUGUUGGCCAAUGCUAUCUCAGAACUUCACUUAAUUAUUGUUAACGCUAGGCUAUAUCCAAAAACAUUAUCCAAAUCAGUUUUCCAAAUCUAUUAUGACAUUGUUUCACAUUGCUUAAAACGGAGAGGGGGCCACAUUUUGCAAUUAAAAUAUUGCCCUUUGUGCCCAUUUCCCCAGCAGUCCUGCUCAGAGAAUCUGCUCUCAAAUAACUUUUGGAGAAGGGAAAGUCAGAGAAGCACAUCACUUCCCUCUCCCUCAAAAAACAGACUGAGAUCAUUCUCUCUGAGCCUUCUCCCUGUGAGUGGGAGGUACUCUCAGAGAGAGGCGACACCCAGCUAACACAACACAGGAAGGGCAGCCUGCUCCUACCACCAGAGGUCCAUAGGGCAUUAGUGGAGAGACGAGGCUCGGAGCCCCUACGAGGAGCCAGCACUGGGGUGGACAGCGGGGACUCCCUGGGCAACAACCACCAGCACAUGGAGGGCCAUGGCCACCACCUCCACCUGUCCAGCUGCCACGAGUGCCUGGAGCUGGAGAACAGCACCAUCCUCUCCGUCAAGUACGCCUCGUCGACAACAUCUCCAACCUUCCCAAUGACUACGUCACGUGCAUGGACAGCGGGGACGAGACUCUGGACAAAUUCGAGGAGAAUGAGGCAGAGAGCUUCCGUGGUCAGAGCCGGCGGGUCAACGUUAGCGGGAAGCCCCUCAAUGUGCUGGUGUACACGGGUGGCUGCCAGGAGAGGUUUCAGAGGGUGCGUUCACUGCUGUGCGAGUGCAUCGACAUGGACAGCUACAUGGUGUACCCCCUGAGGCCACAGCAGGCCCUCAGUGAACGCUGGUUGGAGAGCGUCGCCCUGCUAGUGCUGGCCUCGGACGAGCCCCUCACCCCCCAGCUCCAGGCCUGCUUCCUGGCAUACCUGGAGCAGGGUGGGAGGGUCCUGGGGCUCUCCUCCACCCUCUUCCCCACGGGGCUGGCCCUGGUGCCCAGGAAGAGCAGGAGGAACCAGAUCAGCAAGCUGAGCUUCACCAGGGCUGAUACCACAGAGCUGGAUCUGAGUGGGCUGGCCAGUGGGAGUGUGUUUGUUAGGGAGCCCCAGAGUGGUGUUGGGAGGACCCUGGAGAGGUGGAGCUCUGGGGAGAGCUGAAGGGGGACAGGGAUGGUGUGGACAAGGACAUGGUCAUCGUCAGGGUGAAGCGUGGAGUGGAGGGAGGGGAGGCCGUGCUGUGUCAGGUAAAGUCUUGCACACCACUGUGUGUGUAGCUAUGUCUCUUUAUCAGUCAUUGUCACGUUCGUUGAAGGACGGGUCAGACCAAGGUGCAGCGUGAAAUGCAUACAUGUGUUUAUCUUUAUAUUAAACACGAACAACAUAACGUUUAGUCCUCAGGCUAAACACAAUACAAGCCUCUACACCAGGGUUCUUCAAUUCCGGUCCUGGAGGGCCGAAACACUUCUGUUUUUUAGUUCUACCUGGUAGUUAAUUGCACUCACCUGGUGUCCCAGGUCUGAAUUAGCCCCUGAUUAGAAGGAGAGGAUGAAAAACAGAGGUGUUUCGGCCCUCCAGGACCGGAAUUGAAGAACCCUGCUCUACACGGAACAAGAUCCCACAACAACUGAUUGCCAACAGGCUACUUAAGUAUGAUCCCCAAUCAGAGACAACGAGCGACAGCUGCCUCUGAUUGGGAAUCACACCCGGCCAAACAUAGAAACACACAACCUAGAAUGAGAACAUAGAAAUAACAACAUAGAACUCCACACCCUGACUCAACAUACUAGAGUCCCAUGACUUCAGGUGCACCUGGAGACGGCGCUGAGGAUGUUGCUUCGUUGGAGGGUUUUGAUGAGCAACGCUUCGAGGUCCUGACGGAGAUCCUCACGUCCCUGGGCCUGAGCUGUGAGCUGAGCCAGGCCCCUCCCCCCAGCCAUGUCUACCUCCUCGCCACCUCUGAGGUACAUACUCUACCUGACUCCUCCUCUGCUACCUUUCCGUUACAGCUGAGGCCUCUCCCAACCAGGGCCGUGUUCAGAGGUCACAAGGUUUUUGGAACGUGCAGUUAUCUAUUUAGAAGUCUAUUGUGUAGAACAGACAUAUAGAGUAAGGAUUCAUGACUGCUCUAUUCAUGGAAUUUUCUAUUUGCAUCAGUCAGUGUGUGUUGCAUAUGGUGAAUGAAUCCAACUGAAUGUGACCCAGGCUUCCCUACCGUAUAUUUGAUCAGCCACAAAUUAUAUAUAUUUCUCCAUUGGCCUGUGGUGUGAAAAUGGCUGGCUAGCCUGCCCCACAAAAUCCAGACAACUGGGUUUGGAAGCCAUCAACUCUCUUGUCUGUUAGAGGUCUUACAUGACUCCCAUCCUCAAGUUGAAUAAAAAACCCUUCUACUGCUUUACCAAUGUUAGCUCAUCAGUCUCUCAGCUAGAACUGUCAUGAGGCUGACUGCUUUCUGCUGAUCAAAGGUCUGUUCUAGCUCUACUGUUUGUGUUCUUGUGGAGCCCUGCUCUCACUUCUUAUUUACUUGCCCUCUGGACACAUAAACCUGUUCUAAACCUGUUGCAUAUAUUGGACAUAGAUUUGCAUGUAUUAAGAAUCAAAAUGGUUUCUACAUUGUCAGACCUGUCUGGAGCUGGUCUGGACUAGGGCUGCCACAAUAAACAUUUAACUAGACAAUUAUAAACUCAGCAAAAAAAGAAACGUUCUCUCACUGUCAACUGUUUAUUUUCAGCAAACUUAACAUGUGUAAAUAUUUGUAUGAACAUAACAACAUUCAACAACUGAGACAUAAACUGAACAAGUUCCACAGAAAUUGAAUAAUGUGUCCCUGAACAAAGGAUGGGUCAAAAUCAAAAGUAACAGUCAGUAUCUGGUGUGGCCACCAGCUGCAUUAAGUACUGCAGUGCAUCUCCUCCUCAUGGACUGCACCAGAUUUACCAGUUCUUGCUGUGAGAUGUUACCCCGCUCUUCCACCAAGGCACCUGCAAGUUCCCAGACAUUUCUGGGGGGAAUGGCCCUAGCCCUCACCCUCCGAUCCAACAGGUCCCAGACGUGCUCAAUGGGAUUGAGAUCCGGGCUCUUCGCUGGCCAUGACAGAACACUGACAUUCCUGUCUUGCAGGAAAUCACACACAGAACGAGCAGUAUGGCUGGUGGCAUUGUCAUGCUGGAGGGUCAUGUCAGGAUGAACCUGCAGGAAGGGUACCACAUGAGGGAGGAGGAUGUCUUCCCUGUAACGCACAGCGUUGAGAUUGCCAGCAAUGACAACAAGCUCAGUCCGAUGAUGCUGUGACACACCGCCCCAGACCAUGACGGACCCUCCACCUCCAAAUCGCUCCCGCUCCCGCUCCCGCUCCCGCUCCAGAGUCCAGGCCUCGGUGUAAUGCUCAUUCCUUCGACGAUAAACGCGAAUCCGACCAUCACCACUGGUGAGACAAAACCGCGACUCGUCAGUGAAGAGCACUUUUUGGCAGUCCUGUCUGGUCCAGUGACGGUGGGUUUGUGCCCAUAGGCGACGUUGUUGCCGGUGAUGUCUGGUGAGGACCUGCCUUACAACAGACCUACAAGCCCUCAGUCCAGCCUCUCUCAGCCUAUUGCGGACAGUCUGAGCACUGAUGGAGGGAUUGUGCGUUCCUGGUGUAACUCGGGCAGUUGUUGUUGCCAUCCUGUACCUGUCCCGCAGGUGUGAUGUUCGGAUGUACCGAUCCUGUGCAGGUGUUGUUACACGUGGUCUGCCACUGCGAGGACGAUCAGCUGUCCGUCCUGUCUCCCUGCAGUGUUGUCUUAGGCGUCUCACAGUAUGGACAUUGCAAUUUAUUGCCCUGGCCACAUCUGCAGUCCUCAUGCCUCCUUGCAGCAUGCCUAAGGCACGUUCACGCAGAUGAGCAGGGACCCUGGGCAUUUUUCUUUUGGUGUUUUUCAGAGUCAGUAGAAAGGCCUCUUUAGUGUUCUAAGUUUUCUUAAUUGCCUACCGUCUGUAAGCUGUGUGUCUUAACGACCGUUCCACAGGUGCAUGUUCAUUCAUUGUUUAUGGUUCAUUGAACAAGCAUGGAAAACAGUUUUAAACCCUUUACAAUGAAGAUCUGAGAAGUUAUUUGGAUUUUUACGAAUUAUCUUUGAAAGACAGGGUCCUGAAAAAGAGACGUUUCUUUUUUUGCUGAGUUUAGUUGUGUAUGUAUGUAUGUAUGUGUGUGUGUGUGUGUGUGUGUGUGUGUGUGUGUGUGUGUGUGUGUGCGUUUACGAGCACAUGUGUGUGGGUGGCUGGAUGGAUGGAUGGACGGAUUGUGUGUGUGUGGCCAGGAAAAUACCUGACAUGGACGGAAGUGGUAGCACACACACACACACACACACACACACACACACACACACCCACACACCUUAUUGGUCAGUGCACAAUGCAAUUUCUCUAUGUGAAAUUAGUGAAUUGACGGUUUAAAAAGUGAUACAAGUCUGUUGUGUACAACCAGUCACUGCCUGGCAGGCUGAAGCUUACUCCUUCCAGUCAACUUGCGCCUGGCAGGCUGAGGCUUUAUUCCUCUAUUGUGUUUGAUGAUGAUGAGGCCCCUGGCUCUUUCAUUGAUAUUGUAAUAGGCCCGCUGGCACAGUGCUAUGUGCUGCUGUGGUAUGUGGGGAAUUUGCACUGGAAGUUAAUCAGUGUUUGAGAUGGAUUUACUCCCCCACCUCAGAGGGAUCUCCGAGGGCCCAGCCAGGCUAAGGCAUCUGAUGGGCCUAUGAGAGCAGGAAGUGAAAUGCCUCAGGACCACACACAGCGAGGCUGUUUCUGGAGGCUUCAACCUCAGAAGUUAUGGGUAAUGUAGCAUAAAACCAAAAAGGGCUCUAGAGUCUAGAGUAGGUCUGUCAGAUAGGCAGAUAUGCUGAAAUGCCACACUUGAAUUGGGAAAGGAUUGUGAAAAUGUCAUUAUUUAAGCCAGGGUCUCAAGACUGCAGCCCAUGUGUUAUGGUACUCUACUCUGUUGUACCCAUUACUCUGAAAGACAGGUUGCUUGGAAGGGGGAGACAAAUGACAGCAGAAGUUUCCCUACGCACCCUGCAGCCUGUGGUGAAAUAAUUAUCCCCUAGGUGGAAGCAAAUCUCUAUUUUGCUCUCUCUGAUAAUUUAUCAUUUUUGUUGUGGUGAUGCAUCUUAGCAAAGAGCAAAUAUUUCAGUCAGUUUGUUUAAUGUUCUUGAGUAGUCAUUGUGUACACUUACUGAAAAAUGUAUUAAAGAACUUGUAUGUCCAAAUCAAAAUCCCUUUGCCCUUGAUUUAUGAGCCCCAAAACUUACGCAUUAGCCAAUUAUGUCAAAUAAAGACCUCAAAACGUACCCUGGACAGGAGAGGCGCAUCAUACCGUUUGCCCUCCACCUGGCAGAUCACCUCUGAUGGGCCCACUUGAACGACUCUGACAAGUUAAGUGACUUAUUUAUCCAUCCACUUGGCCCUAGUUGGCCUCCUUGUGCCCGACAACGUAGAAAAGGCCCAAACUGUAGUAUUAUUAUGACUGUUCAGUGUGUUUGGACUGGGUUGUGACCUCUUCACCCCACUGCCCCUGCCACUUUGUUACAACAAACACCAGGAUGAUGAAAGCGAGGGCAUGUGGGACUGCUUCCAGAUUGUUCUUGAAAAAUGGAAGGUGCUUUGUGGGGGGAGGAGGAAGACGGUGAGGCUGGUGGAUAGAGUUUGCUCUGUGCACCGUGUCUUGACUAGAGAGAGUGGAUGGACUGUGUGCAUCUGCCAGUGCAAGCUCUGGAAUUUGUAGUGCUGGUACUGGUGGUAUCAUUACUACCCAGGCUCCCUUGCUCUACCCCGUCACAUAACAUGGGUUUAGUCAGUUCCCCACGCAGACAGGUUUCAUCAUGGGAGGGUUUAUCCCCCAUUUCACUCUGCUGCUCACUUCAUCAAUUCUCUCUCUCUCUCUCUCCUCGCUCACUUAUUCCUCCUUCAGAUAGAUAUUUUCUAGUCAGUAUAAGUAUAGCCUACUUGUUUUGUGGAAGCAGCAGACACUGUCAGUGCUUUCAAUAGAGAAACCCACUGAGCCCCCUCCUCCUUAUCCCUGUAAGCCCAAAGAUGUCAGACUUGUUAACAGUGGCCCAAUAAGUCUCCAGGGACGACUCUCUCCUUUGUGAUUGGCAUAAAGCAGAUAAUUGAGGCAUGCAGAUAAGCGACUCUAAUUGAUUAACCAUCACUGUAUUCGCUAAAUAUGGAUUUGGGCUAAUUAGGCCAUCAUCCCUGUCCUCUCUCGUUGCCAAGGGGGUGCUAAUCAUAUACGUUUGGGCAGCAGAUGGUGCCUUGAAAGGUUGUUAAAAAAAUUUCCUAAUUUGGGGAGAUAAAAGGGGCACAACGUAUCCUUUUUACAGAACCUUCCUCUCUCCUCUCCUCUUUAUAUAGUGGCCCCUGUGGGGUGGCCACCCGUCAAAACUCAUGAGUGGUGGUUCUUCUGAAUGAUCAACUUUGUAUUUCUGCUACUCCCCUCCAUACACACCACUGCCACCUCCAUACCCCUCAACAUUCCCACUUCAAUUGAGCCUGGUAUUUGUAGCUCUCUCUUCCUCACGACUGAACUAAAGACAAAAGGCAAGUGAAGAUGCCCCCCUCCCUCCCUUCCUGAACACUUGCUGAAAAGUGUUAGUAGAUAAAAUAAUCGUGACAGCUCAUGGUCUCAUCUUCUCUAGCUCAUUACCUUUAAAUGAAGUGGCCAAUUUACUCUCCCCUCACACGACUCGAGGCUCGUCGUCAAAAUAAGUGUUACUUCUCUACUGGAAAAACGCUAGCUAGGUUUCUCUCUAUUGGGGCUGCAGAGACAGAGGCCAUGAUGGACUGGCCAGUGUGUAAUGGUGUUAGUCAUUGUUGGGGAUCCCUGUGGGCGACGUCUCUCCAGUGUUAGGUUAAACAAAGCACUUGACAAUGAGAGGCAGAGGUGUGGUUUGCUUUUUGCAGACAGUGAGGUUCUAUGGGGUAUAACAAUAAUAAUAAUAAGCCAUUUAGCAGACGCUUUUAUCCAAAGCGACUUACAGUCAUGCGUGCAUAAAUUGUUGUGUAUGGGUGGUCCCGGGGAUCGAACCCACUACCUUGGCGUUACAAGCGCCGUGCUCUACCAGCUGAGCUACAGAGGACCAGUCAAUAGAUGCAAGGCAUUCUGUUUGCCCAUGGCUAAAACUAACGCUAGAAUUGGGGCCUUGGUAGCAGCACAAUCUUAUGCAUUAUGACUCUGCAUUUAUUUAGAAUUCUACUGUUUCUUGCUGGGCUUUUAAAAAUUCUCAAUAAGGUAGAGCUGUUUAGUGAUCAUGUUUAAAGUGGUUUGACUUUAGAAGCGGUUUUGUAUCCUUUUGUGUCUACAAAAGGCCCUCAGUUCAUUCUUUGGCUAUACAUUUCACAUUUUACAGUAAGGAACAUCACUAGAAGCAUAGUUAUUUCUUUUUAACUUAUUUGUAAUAUCCGGUAACAUUACGGCAAAGAACCUGGAUAUUUGAAAUUAUAAGCUACUAGAUUUGUAAAAAAAAAUUGUGUGAUUAAAGCAAAAAAUUACUUUUAAUUCACACAAUUCACUUUGCUGUUUUUGGCUGGGAACAAAUGAUCUAGCCUGCAGUGAAUGCAAGGGAAAUAUUCUCUGUCUGGUAGUGUCCAUAUACAGUAUCAUAGUAGAUGAGGAUCAUGUCAAAUCCCUCUGUGGAGGAAGGGCAUCCGCUGACAUAUUGAGCAACAUGUUUAGUGUUACACAUGGUUCUAAAACACGGGAGAGAUGUUUUCUGGUGGGAGUCAUAAAGUGUGUGACCCUUUUGAUGGAUGAGAAGUGACUGGAACAGAAUGUUUCACCACUCUGGGGACCAGCGCCUAAUUCAGCCAUGUAAUUGAUUAUCCACAGCCGUUGAUUAUCUAAUUUAAGACUGGCUUCAGCUCGGCUUUUUAACUCUAUUCAUAUUUCAUGUUGAUUGUCAUUGAUAAAGAUGGCAUCAUAGGUGUCAGUUUUAUAUACAAAAGUAUGUGGACACCCCUUCAAAUUAGUGGAUUCUGCUAUUUCAGCCACACCGUGCUGACAGGUGUAUAAAAUCGAGCACACAGCCAUGCAAUCUCCAUACACAAACAUUGGUAGUAGAAUGGCCUUACUGAAGAGCUCAGUGACUUUCAACUUAGCACUGUCAUAGGAUGCCACCUUCUAACACGUCAUUUCGUCAAAUUACUGCCCUGCUAAAGCUGCCCCGGUCAACUGUAAGCACUGUUGUGGUGAAGUGGAAACGUCUAGGAGCAACAACGUCUCAGCCGCGAAGUGGUAGGCCACAUAAGCUCAAAGAACGGGACAGCCGAGUGCUGAAGCACGUAGCGUGUAAAAAUCGUCUGUCCUCGGUUGCAACACUCACUACCAAGUUUCAAACUGCCUCUGGAAGCAACGUCAGCCCAAGAACUGUUCGUCAGGAGCUUCAUGAAAUGGGUUUCCAUGGCCGAGCAGCCGCACACAAGCCUAAGAUUACCAUGCGCAAUGCCAAGCGUCGGCUUGAGUGGUGUAAAGCUCGCCGCCAUUGGACUCUGGAGCAGUGGAAACAUGCUCUCUAGAGUGAUGAAUCACGCUUCACCAUCUGGCAGUCCGAUGGAUGAAUAUUGGUUUGGUGGAUGCCAGGAGAACACUAACUGCCCCAAUGCAUAGUGCCAACUGUAAAGUUUGGUGGAGGAGGAAUAAUGGUCGGGGCUGUUUUUCAUGGUUCGGGCUCGGCCCCUUAGUUCCAGUGAUAUGAAAUCUUAACGCUACAGCAUACAAUUACAUUCUAGACGAUUCUGUGCUUCCAACUUUGUGGCAACAGUUUGAAGAAAGCCCUUUCCUGUUUCAGCAUGACAAUGCUCCCGUGCACAAAGUGAGGUCCAUACAGAAAUGAUUUGUUGAAGGGCCUCCCGAGUGGCGCAGCGGUCUAAGGCACUGCAUCACGGUGUUGAGGGGUCACUACAGCCUCGGGUUCGUUCCGGGUUAAGUCAGUUGAACAGUGUUUCCUCCGACCCAUUGGUGCUGCUGGCUUCCGGGUUAAGCGAGCAGGUGUUAAGAAGCAGUGCAGCUUGGCGGGUCAUGUUUCGGAGUACGCAUGACUCGACCUUCGGCUCUCCCGAGCCUGUUGGGGAGUUGCAGCGAUGAGACAAGAUUGUAAUUGGAUUGCAAUUGGAUAUCACAAAAUUGUGGAGAAAAAGGGGGUAAAAUUACAACAACAAAAAAUAAUGGUUUGUCGAGAUCGGUGUGGAAGAACUUCACUGGCCUGCACAGAGCCCUGACCUCAACCGCAUCGAACACCUUUGGGAUUAAUUGGAACAACGACUGCGAGCCAGGCCUAAUCGCCCAACAUCAUUUCCCGACCUCACUAAUGCUCUUGUGGCUGAAUGGAAGCAAGUCCCCACAGCAAUGUUCCAACAUUAAGUGGAAAGCCUUCCCAGAAGAGUGGAGGCUGUUAUAGCAGCAAAGGGGGGACCAACUCCAUAUUAAUGCCCAUGAUUUUGGAAUGAGAUGUUCGACGAGCAGAUGUCCACAUACUUUUGGAAAUGUCGUGUAUGUUUUCAUGGAAGGAUGGGAGCCAUAUGAUAUGACGAAAUAUGACCAUAUCACUGUAACUCAUGAAUGAAAUUAAAACCUAGGAUUCCUUCAGUUACUCAUCACACAGGCCUUCUCUUCCUCUGUGUCUCCAGGAGCGCAGGACUAACUUCCUGAAUUGGCUGCACACACAAGUGGACAACGAGAGGCUGCUCAAGUCCUCCAAGGCCUCCCUCAAAGUGGUCCCCAGUGUGGAUCUCCAGGCUGGGCCCCCCCUGCUGCCCGAGGGGAUCCUGGCCCUGGUCACGGACCCCCCAGAGUUCCAGAACUGCAAGCAGUUCAGCCUGCAGACCUACAGCCAGCACCUGGAGACCCACACGCUGGGGCGCACCCUGCUCUACACACAGGUCACCCCCACCACCAUGGACCUGCUAUUGGGGUAA